AUGGCACCCAAGAGCAAUCGCGAGUGGGCCGAGCACCGGAGAGCCAGCAAGACUGCCAGGGAACCUUCGAGAGAAGAGUGGCCUCCAGUGAGGGAGCUUCAGCGGCAGAGCGAUGGGCUGGAGGGCGCCGAGAAGAAGGCCUUUGACAGGAGCAAAGCGUUCCGACUUCUUACUCACAAUCAGAAGUUGCUCCAGGAGCUGCGGGUCGACUAUGAUCGUCGUGGCAUGCGGCUGGCUGAUGUGGAGGCGUCUACACUCCGGAAGGAUCUCCGGCACGCGGAUGCGGUUCACUUGGCCAGGCAGGGUGCGGAUACCAAGCUGCGGCAGGCGAACUCGCAGCUGAAGUUUGAGCUGGAGGGAUCUCAGGGAGAGCUGGAGGCCCAGAUGCGCUACAACACUCGCUUGAGGGCCGAGAAGGCAGCUUUGGAUACCAGGACCCAGGUUCAGGAGACGGAGCUGAAGAAGAAGCGACAGCGCACUUAUGAACUCGAGCUCGAGCUUGCUGAGGAGCGUCAGAAGCGUCAGAUGGAGCACCUCAGGUAUGACCUGAACUCAUCUAAAGCGUCCCGCCCAUGA